GAGGGAGGGGAAGGAGGGGGCGUCGCCAUGGCGGCCCGGGCCGAGCCGGCCAGCCGGCUGCGCCGACGAGGACCGAGAUGAAGUGCUGAGGCGAGAGGAUGAUCUCGCGAUACACCCGGAAGCCGGUGCCCCCCGAUGCCCAGGGGAUUCGAGGACUUACAAAAGAUACCUUAGACCAUCAUCCCCUGCCAGACUCACUGGAUGACAGUUACCCAUCCACUGAAAGUCAAGAAGAUAUUUCAAGUGAGUCUGAAAGUACAAAAGAGUUAAACUACCAAAUAGACAAUGGAAACUCAUGGUCUGCUAGUCAGAGCUUCACAGGCACCUCCACUGAAGACAGUUCUGUUUUUUCUUGGGGCUAUGAUGAAUUUGAUAAAGCUGCUACACGUCAAGUUCAGCAAAUAUUCAGACACAUUGAUGAGCUCCUUUAUGAACAAAGAACAUGUCUAUAUGUUGGCCUAGAAGAGGAAUGCCAACAAUGGAUGUCAAGGUUUCCUCAUCUCAGGAUUGUAGGGAAACAAGUAGUGUUACCCACUGAUGAAGGCUAUGGAUGGUAUAUUAGUUCAGCCUGCAGCGCUUUAACUUCAUCCGACGUGAGUCCCACGCAAGAGAAAGAUCCUAGUGAGUUUACUAUUUGGGGCAAAAAGGUUCCCCUUUCUGUUUCUCCUAUUUGUAAAGAAGAUAACUUUUCAAAAAUCUCUGAAUCGAAUUUGUUUGAGAGCGAAGAAGAGGAAGAUGGAGUGAUUAUCUCUGAAGGAAUAAUGGAGGAAUACUUAGCAUUUGACCGCAGAGAUGUGGAAGAAGAGUUGCAUGAAUGGAAAAUGGGACUUUCACCAGACAGACGGAAAUUAGGGUUUCCUCCAAUCUCGCCAUCAUGCUGCAUGAGAGAUGCUGUUCUUUCCUUUGUAUUUGAUGAUGUGUGGAGCGAAGUCUUAGGCUAUAUGGAGCAGUUAAUCUGCAGACACUGGGAAGGUCCAACCUCAGAUGAUGAGAAGAAUGUCAUUUCUGUAGAGGCAAACAGGACAGAUUCAGGAAGUCCUUUUAUGCAGUUUGAACCUUUGCCUUUGGUAUUACCUCGAAUGCCACAGACCAAGAUGCCCUCUAUCCCUUCAAAUCUGGUAAAUAUUUCUCAAAGUACAAGUGCUGGCCCACAACGUAAUUUGAAUGGCUUGAUGGUAAUUCAUGGGAUUCCCUUGCAUCAAAGGAACUUGCCCUUGAUGGACAAAAUAUUAGAUUACGAUGAAAGAUUGCUUCUGAGACCAGGAUCCAGUUCUAUCUUGUCAACCAGAGCUCGGCCAAAUCGUCCCCUUGAGCUCAGUACAUCUUCGCUGUCCUAUUCUGCACAGUCUGCUAGAAGGCGUAACCCACCACCACGUAUCCUGCAUCCUAUCAAUGCCAGCCAUUCUCGCUCAGGAACCCCAAGACCCAUAGAUGAAGUCAUCAGGGGAACUCGACUCUCUGCUGCAAAUGAGCAGCUGUCAUCAACUUCUCCAAUGCCAUUAAGCAGAAAUAAUCUCCUGCCUCCUAUUAGUACCAUAGAAGGGACAGAACAUGUAGCAUUCCAAAAACAAAUGAAAUCCUGGGGAAAUGCUAGUCGGGCUCGUAGUGCAAUAGCAGAUGAAAUUAACCAUCAACCAGUACAUGAGAGAUUUUUAUUACCUGACAGUUUCUCCAGGCCUAAUACAUCACAUGCAUUUUGGCCAGAAUCACAAUAUCGUCGUUCUUGCACUGUUAUUGAUUAUGCUAAUCAGCCACGAAAUAGUAAAGGAUCUGCUGGUACAGAUCCUGUCAAUGUAGGUGUAAUGGGAGCCAGUUUAGGGAUAUCUAGCUCUUCCUAUAUUAAUUCUUUCCACCAUCAGCCUCUUGGUCAUUUUCUUGAUGAAGAUGAGGAGGACAAAGAAGAUCAUCCUCCACAGGAGAAACCUACAUGAUUUUCCACUCUGACUUGGUUCAUGCAAGAUGUGCACUUGCCCAAGAGGUGAUACAGAUGCAUUCUUGAAGAAUCUACAACAGAUUUAUUGUCUCAAUGUCUUGCAGGCAGUAAUGAAGUUUUUUACAGGUACAAAGUAGACUUGAGUUGUAUAGUUGCUUUCAAGCCUUAUCUCAUUCUUGCUUAGUAGGUCUUCAGUUAUAUGGUUCUGUAAGAACUCACAGUCGAACUGGAUCAAGAAGUAGACAGGGAUUGUAAGACAUUAGGAGAAAGAGCCAUCCAUCUCCAAGAUGAGGGAGAAUCUACUGAAGCUUUUAAAAGAAGUAUUCAACUACAGCAAUAUCAAAUCCGUUUACAGAAGAAUCUGAAAUCUUUCUUUACAAGAGUCUUAUUUUUGUAUAACAACUGCCAAAGACUGUUGUAUUGGAAUUUUGUGCCAGCAGAACUGUCAUGCUAUUUUAUGGGGCACUAAAAGUUUGUGUUCUGUUGAACUCCAGUAUCAUACUGUUGGUAUGUUCUGUUACAAAAUGUCUGGCUUAAGGACGCAGUGGCAAUAUUGGUUAAGAUUCAAUGACUUGCUAGUUAUUGAUACUUAAUAGCAAUAUGCUUAGCAAUAUCAUUUAUAAUGGUAUUAAAUUUGAUUAUUGCUUGGCCUGCACUUCCAGUAGUUUCCCUAAAUGUUUAGACAGUUGAAGGUUGUCAUUGCUAGUUCACAUAUUCACAUAUUUGGAAAAAGCUGAUAUUUGAAAGGUGGCCAGGAUUAAACACAGUAUAUUUGAAUUUAUUAAUAUAUUUAAAUGGAGGAUACCAUUAUUUCCCAAUUAAAUCCAUACAUGUUUAACCACUUUAAUAACUUAACUUUGGCUAAGAUUGUAAGGAACUGCUUUGGUUGUGUAUUCUUCAACUGCACUCAAUACAUAAUAUCUCUUUUAAGUAAAUGAGAAAGUUUGGUGAAAACCUAUAAGAAAUUUUUUCACCGUGCAGUCAAAUUCAACCAUUUAGGGUUUUCUCUUUGGGAAGAGAUAAUACUUUCUACAUUUUGUAGGAGACAAGCCUGGUGAGAUAUGUUAAUUUAGAAAUAGAUAAAGCAUAGCAACACUGAAUAUUGUGUUUAAUGUCUAAUAUAAUUUUAAUGUAAUUCAACAAAGACUGACUAGUAAGAUGAACUAGUAAUUGUCAGCCAUUAACUGCUGAAGCUAUAUGUAAAGUAAAGGUAACUUUGCAUUUUCCCUGAUACCAUGUGAGAGAUGUAAAAGAUCCAAGAUAGGGAAAGAGUCUUAUUAAGUUGUAAAAUGGAGUAUCUUUUCUAUGCAAAUAAAAAUAUUUUCUAGAUUGUAUUUGAGUUGAAAUUAAAUAUCAUGGUUGGGGCCUAUCUCCUGGAUUUAGAAAUGGUGACUUCUUGAAACUAAUUUCCAGAAUAUUUUUAUAUUUUUCAUUCUAUUUUUUUUUUUCACCAAAGAGCUCAAUGUGGAUAAGUGUGCUAUGUAGUUUUAACUUCAUGGCAACCCUGUGUAACAGGGCAGGCUGAGAACAGCUAGCUCAGGGACACCCAGAAAAGUUAGCGUUUAUUUAUUUGGUAAAU